AGCCUAGCCAAUCAGAGAACCGCAUUCGGGGUAGGAUGCUAGUAGAUUUAUACUAAAUUCUCUUAGAACUUACAUGUAAUCUGGUUGCAGCCUGCGAUCAAACAAUGGACUAUUGUUCUUAGCAUUUGGAGGUAAAGCAAGAAAGUCUUUAGGUGAUCGAGCAUUUGCAGUGACAGCACUGAGGAUAUGAAACAGACUGCCAUUAGAAGUUACAGUAGAAUUGAACUGAAUAUACAUGCUAAUCAGUUUAAGCAGUUUUUAAAGACGUAUUGAUAUCAGGUUAGCUUCUUUAUUGAAUUUUCAUCUAUUUUUUGUAAUUUUUAGCAACCAUUGUCAAUUAGCAACUUUUAGGAUUAAUUAGUUUUAGUUUUUAUGAUGUAAAGAGCACUUGAUCAUUUCAUGGAAAGUUGUGCUAAAUAAUAAUAAUAAUAAUUAUUAUUAUUAUAAAUAUUAUUAUUAUUAUCAUCAUUAUUAUUGUUAAAUAUGAUUAAACAUAGUUACGUGAUUACGAGGAGCAUUGAAGAGGUGUUUUGUUCGUGUUUGUUAGCAUUCAUAGGCAUUUGUAAGUGUUAUAACAUUUUGUUGGUGCCAGUGGUUAGCGUUUAAAGCGUCCUUCAGUGGUUGGGGCUUCCAGGUGUGUCUUGGUAUGUAUUCUGUGGUUAGUGGCCCUUUUUGGGUCCAUUCCACCACUGAAUGGUCAGCAGUCUCAGUUGCUGGGUUCCCAGUCUUAGCAACAGUCAGCGUUCUUCUCUGCGGCUCAUUGACAGGCUGCUUGCAUCACAUCAUGCUCAAAUUACAGUUUACCUCAUAUGUUGCAUUGUACCCGGCAGGUGUUUUUACACUUUCUUUGCGUUUUUUCCCCUCCCAACCCUCCUUUUUGUUAGUAGUUACAGGUUAUUAUUUUACUUUUCCGCUGAAAUUCUUGUUUCAGUGUGACUGGUGCUUGGGUUCUCUCCAGUUGUGGGGGGCUCGUGGCUGGGUUGCAGGCAGUGUCUGCCCUGUAGGUGGUCUUACAUCACAGGGCUGGGGUUACAGGGCAUGUGUUGGGUGUGUUUUCUCGGGGCACCUAACCUCCAGUUGCGACAAAUGUUGUUAAUUAUUAUCAUAUUUUCAAUAGAGUCUCACCAGUAUAAAAUUUAAUAUCUUAUUUCAGAGCAUCUCAUGGCACAAAACAGAUGUCAAAGGAGGAAAUUACAGCUUGUUAUGGAGAAAAACACAUAUGGACAGAUUUUAACAGCCUGGAAAAAAAUCCCAUUCAGCACUCUUCCGUUUUCAGAGUUUUUGAGAAUUACUUUGACCUUCCAUUGGUGGUUAUCUGUGCACGUAUUGUGGACCUAAUAGAUAAAAAGAGUGGAAAGCCAGAGGAAUAUAACUUUUGGCCUGAUAUAAUUUUAACACUAAGACAAAUCUUUAAUCCAUCUUCCUUUGGUGCCCAACAGGGAUAUUACUUUUCCAAUGUGGUAAAAAAUACAUCCAAGUUUGUAAAACCAUGUAGCAAGAAAAUCAUUGAGUGGAUAAAAUCUUUAAAAGGAGGAAAACAGAAAGUGUUUCUUCUCACCAAUUCAUUUAUUGACUACACAAAUCUUCUCAUGAAUUAUGCAGUCGGAAAAGACUGGUCAGGAAUGUUUGAUAUUAUUAUGUGCAUGGCUGGAAAACCAGGUUUGUAAAUAAGAGCUAAUAAUCUCUUCUGACUGGUUAAUUGAGGUUGAUACAUUUUCUGGAUCUGCCUGUGAUGUAUGAAACUGAGUUUAUUUGCAGGGUAUCAGGAAGAUGAUUUAAUUACAGUCGAACCUCCCGUAAGCGACCACCCAAAAUGUCAAGCCUUGGUGGUCGUCCAAGGGGGGUGG